CCUUUCCACCAUCUCCCUAAAGAGGCUCGAGCCCGAAAAGCAGCUCUCCGCUCGCUGGCAGCAAUGCACCGCCGGGGAGUCGGGGCCGGCGCCAUCGCCAAGAAGAAGCUGGCCGAGGCCAAAUACAAGGAACGUGGGACAGUUUUGGCUGAAGACCAGUUAGUCCAGAUGUCCAAGCAGCUGGAUACAUUUAAAACUAACCUCGAAGAGUUUGCCAGCAAACACAAGCAAGAGAUCCGUAAAAAUCCGCAGUUCAGAGUCCAGUUCCAGGACAUGUGUGCAACGAUCGGAGUUGAUCCCCUAGCCUCUGGCAAAGGAUUCUGGUCAGAAAUGUUGGGUGUUGGAGAUUUUUACUACGAGCUUGGCGUUCAGAUUAUUGAAGUCUGUCUAGCUCUAAAGCACAGAAAUGGAGGGCUGAUAACACUGGAAGAACUUCACCAGCAAGUGCUCAAGGGGAGAGGAAAAUUUGCGCAAGACGUCAGCCAAGAUGACCUCAUCCGGGCAAUUAAGAAGUUGAAAGUUCUAGGAAACGGCUUUGGGAUCCUUCCUGUUGGUGGGACCUACCUGAUCCAGUCUGUGCCGGCUGAACUAAAUAUGGACCACACUGUUGUGAUACAACUCGCUGAGAAAAAGGGGUACGUGACCAUCAGUGAGAUCAAGUCGAGUUUGAAGUGGGAGGCGGAACGAGCGAAGCAAGUUUUGGAUCACUUGCUGAAAGAGGGUAUGGCAUGGCUCGAUACCCAAGCUCCAGUGGAACCACAGUACUGGCUACCUGCCCUCUUCACAGAGCUUUACUCUCAGGAAAUCACACCAGAAGAAGCGAAGGAAGCUUUACCUUGACAGCCGAAAAGGGGACUGAUUUAUCUGAACAUUUUCAUUUAAAUUGGGUGGCACUUUUUGCAUUAACAUGAUAAAGAUGAGACACAUUGAAUGCCUAUAGAUAUCUCACCACCACCACCACCACCGCCCAAGUCUUUAGAAGAAAAUGUCUGUGUUACCAAACACAGCCAAGCAGGUACAUUUGACACUGAUUUUUGGGAUUCUGCAUGAUGGAGAGACUAAUUUCGUUAGCAAGCUGUUAGUUCUCAUGACUGGAAAGGUGUGGAUGUUUUUUUUUCUCCUUGAAGACUUAGAAAGUGGAGAGGAUUGGAGUGUUGCAAGCGUCUCUCCCUCCUUUCCCCCAUAUCCUAAUUACAUUGUUGUAUACUUGAUUUAACUCUGGUUGCCUUCCCUAGUAAGGGUUCCUUGUUUAUCUCACAAUAAGGCGAGAGAACCCUGUCUUUAGAUGGUGAAACAGCCAACAUUCUAUACUGUUCCUUAUUGGGGCUUUGGGAAAGGGACCAAAUAAUUUUACUGCUCUGUACAUUCUCUCAAGUCCCAUUACAGUGUUGAAAUCGUCCUCAAUUUGUGUUUCUUAAAAAGCCAGUGUCACGGUCCUUUUUUGGCUACUUCUGAGAAACUAGUACCACAGCCAUUCUGUGUUAUUGUGCCCGAUAUUUACAGUGUGAUUCAGUAUCAAGAAUACAUGUCUGAUCAGUCUGACGAAGAUUCUCCCAAUGCCUGUCGUCUGCUCCUCCCCCAGCAUAAUAAGCGUGGGAUUCCUGCCCUCCUCCCUUUGCGCUUGCGCGCUUUGGAAUGUCUCAAGUCAGGCAUGAACUUAAAAGGGCGAGGCAUCUCCCCGCUGGACCACUUCCCCGGAUCCCUCCCCCUGAUAUCCUCUCUCAGGUUGCAGUAAGUAAGGGCUCUAGGAUGCUGCCUGAGCCAUGGUGCCUCUCUUCUGCGAUAGUCAGGGAAUGUUCACUGCUAGAACAGUCCCUGACAGCCAGUUUCUAGUCCUGUGAUGACAGGGCUUAAAAAAAUAUUUGAAUUAUUGGAGUCUAGUAGCUCUAGAUGUAUUUUCAAAUUCUGUCAUCUCCACAACCAGGAAGACAAGUGGAUGGGGACAGGAAGAGAAUUGUUUGUACCUUUGUAUAGUGAAAUCUGGGCAGGAGCUGGGACAGCAACGGGAGCUCACGCCGUUGUGGGGAUUCGAACCGCCAACCUUCUGAUCGGUAAGCCCUAGGCUCUGUGGUUUAGACCCACCUAGCAGUUCGAAAGCACGUCAAAGUGCAAGUAGAUAAGGUACCGCUCCAGCGGGAAGGUAAACGGCGUUUCCAUAUGCUGCUCUGGUUCACCAUGGCCCAUGGUUUAUAUAUCUGAAUUUCUAACACUGGGAGAAAAAACCUUUGCUUUGUUCUGUAGGAAGUACAGCAAUUAUUGCUCCACCCCCACCCCCCUUUGCCACUGGUCCCACCAACCAAUGACGUGUGGGGCCUGGAAGUUUCACCAAAGAGAAUACAUCCCUGAUAUAAGCUGUUUAUGAAAACAAGACCCCCUUUUUGGGUAUUCCCCGCUUCUACCAAUCCAGGACAAAGAAGAACCUCGGAUCCUGCCAAAACAAACUUUAUUGCACCAAAAAAAAAAGUACAAUUGUAUAUAAACAAGGAUUCCUUAUUUUUCUUAAGACCCUUGUGCAUUUGAGUGUGUUUAGCUUGUUAGGCCUAAAAGUCUGUCACUAAACAUUUUGUCUAGAUCAGUCAUCUAGGAUUGUCACUUUUGAAAUGGAAAACAUUCAGAAAACAGAUGACUAUGGGCAGCUAGAAAACCAUAUUUCUUUUUGUUUUGCUUCGUUUUCUUACAUCCACAUGCGA